AUGUCAAUCCCGCGCUGGCUAGCCUACGUUCUGCCCGUCACCGCGCUCCUUUGGGUGCCCGGAAUUGUCGCCCUUGCAGCAUACGAUGCCCGACCUGCAAACAACUUUGCACGACCUACGGUCUGGAACACGGGUACAUUCUGGUGGUCCUGCUGGCUCAGCUGUAUAUGGGUAGGAGGCUUUGUCUGUAGAGCCGUCGCUGGCUUCUUCCCACGUCUAUUCAAGCGAUUCCUUGGGCCUACGAGCAUCACGUACCACUAUGGCGUACGGCGCAUCCCUGACUACCUCAUCGCUUGCGAGGGCUACCUUGCCAUUGUCUUUCAAUCGAUCUUCGUCUACGCCCUUUGGCUGACUCUGAUCUGGGAUCACUAUCAGACUCCAACGACUACUGCAUCGAACAGCGCUGCCAAUCCCCUUGAAGGCAGUCUCAACAACAGCAAUUCCACGAUUACCUACAUCAGCACGAAUGAUGCGACUGGUACAGACUCUACGACGGAGCUCCUUGUGACUAUCUCACGCUUCUUCUUCGGUGUGAUGCUUUGCUCAGUCCUCCUUCUCUUGUUCAAGCUCGGCAUUCAUCUCAUCGCGUUCAGCUUCCAUCAAGUCACUUAUUCGCAAAGAGUGGCUCUGUCGCAAUUCCAGAUCGCUGUUCUGGCUACCCUGUGGAGACAGACGCGUCAGCUGGGUCGUCGCGGUACCCCCAACCUCUCGCGCGCCAAUUCUCAAACGAAGGGCAGCGCGACGCCGAACCUCACUGACUGGACCCCAGGGCAGAAGAAGCGACGCAGGGACACAUAUACCGUCUUGGGUACGGCUGCGAUUGGUCUUGUCGCCGAUCAGUACCACGCAGACGAGGACGCUGCGGAGCAUAUUGUGUUGAAUGCCUUCUAUUCCGCGGGCGAGACGAGAAAGUUCGCCCAUCGCUUAUUUCAGGCCCUUUCACGGCCGGACCCUACUGAUCCUUCUGCACCAUGGCUCUUGAGUACUGAGGACUUUGCUGGCUUCUUUCCAGAUCCCACUACAGCCUCUGCGGCUUUUGAGACGCUUGACAAGGACAGUAAUGGCAGCAUCACGCACGAGGAGAUGGAGAGCAGCUGUUUGGAGAUGAGACAUGCCAGGAUAACCCUCAUUGACUCAAUGCAUGAUGUGGACUCGGCGGUGAACAGUCUGGACAAGGCGUUCAUGAGCUUCUACGUCUUGCUGGCAGCGGUAUUGAUUGCCGCUAUGCUCAGUACUACCUUUGCCAAUCUGGUCACCUCUCUCAGCGCCGUUGUCCUAGGUCUCUCUUGGCUUUUCUCGGCUUCAGCUGCCGAGACAUUCGGUGCUAUCGUGCUCCUCAUCAUCAAGCAUCCCUACGAUACCGGAGACUCGGUAGAUGUCUCUGACGUCUGUGGCGCGAACUUGGUCAGCUAUACCGUCGCAGAGAUGUACCUCCUCUCCACGACCUUCCGCGACUCGCAAGGCAGAUACGUGCAAAUCUCAAACGCCCAACUGGCUCAAAAGGCCAUCAUCAAUCACCGACGCUCCGGCUCCUGCAGUGAGCAAUUCUCCAUCGACCUAGCCUACUCCACCUCGCUCUCCCAACUCGAAGCUCUGCGGGCAAAGAUGGUCAGCUGGCUCGAAGGGCAAGGUCGCGAUUUUCUCCCAGGUCUGAACAUUACCAUUACCUCUCUAGGGGAUCAGACGAAGAUGACCGUUGCGGCUGGGAUACGGUACAAGAGCAACUGGCAGGAUCCGGACCUCAAAGCCCGUAGACGUAACAGGUGGAUAUGCGCAUUCAAGGCCUUUCUUGCCGAAUUGCACAUCUUUGGCCCAGCGGGAGACCCGGCGAGCGGGGGCCCCGUGACCAAAGUGGCAAUGGUGGAGCCUCCCUCUCCAGCUACGCAGAGCGGACCCGCUAAGGGGGGCGAUGUCGACGAAGGUGGUAGAGGAGACGCCACGAGUGACCCGGCCGAGUAUAUUCUGAUGGACGAGAAGAAGCCAGGCCCCGCUGAUGUAGCAGGGGUGUAUCCCGUCGAGGGGCUCAGCAGCGGUGUGAGCACGCCUAGCCAGUCUUUUGCUUCGAGACCUAUGCCGGACGCGAUGCCGGGCAUGCCAUCUGUGCGACAGCGCUCCCAAGGACACGACGCGCCUGAUGCGGGCCGGAUGGCGUGA